AUGGACAACGUGGAGCUGGAGGGGAGGCCGAGGCAUCCGCUGAUGCUAAAGGAGUGGUUGGAGCUGGAGUACAGCGCGGAGCUCUCCCGCGACGGCUUCGGCUGCUACCCGCGGCACCUCGCCACCGAGCCCCGGACCCGGAGCGCCGGCUGCAGGCGGAGGAGAAGCGGCGACGUCAUCGCCAGGGUCUCGCUUGCGGUGAGGGCCGCGCUGUCCCGCCCGCCGUCGGCAUCGGCACGACAGGGGGAGGCGGCCGCGCUUCGCAGGAGCCUCUCGACGAGGCUGCGAGUGGUGGGGUUCUGGAAGAAGCGGAGGGGGGAGGUGGAGGAGAUGGACAGGCCAGUGGCCAGCUGCUCUGCCACUGCCGCGAGCUCUGGAAGGAGGGAUGGAGCGUCGUCGCCGGCGGCAACGUCUCCGCGGCGCAUGGGUCUGGAGAGUCGCCAGGCCGGUGGCGAUCCCGCAGCUCUCAGCGGCGGCCGUCGGAGCCAUGAAACAGUGGCGGUUGAGGGAUGCGAGUGCGAGGCAACGUGCCACCUGGACGAUGAGCAGGAGCAGGAGCAGCGGCUGAGCCCAGUUUCGGUGAUGGAUUUCCAAAGCCAGGAGGACGGAGACGACGACGGCGGCGGCUGCGAUGGCCACAGCGACGGCGAGGGCACGUCACCGACGUUUGAGCGAAGCCUGGCCAACAUCCGAAGAGCUAGCCAGCAGCUGGAGGAGCUGGACACAUCCGACGUGGACGACGCCACCACGACCGCGGAUGACACGAGCUGCCACGUCGGGGAACUGGAUUCCGCGGAAGACGAUGAAGACGCUGGAUGUGGGCCUGUACAGCGGCACCUGCCAGGACUCCCGGAAGCGAGCUCGCCGUGUCCCGCCCACUGCUUCAAGAAGCUUCUAGAAGAUUUCUUUCGUGACGGUCUGUCCUCGUGCCAUGCCGGAGGAUCGGACGGUUCGGACCUCGAGAUGUCAUUGCUGGAGACUGCCAAGGCGUGGCUGGAUGGGCGACAUUAUUGCGCCGCGCUGAGGUCGGAUCACAAGGCGGAGGUGGAGGUGGAGGAGAUCGAGCGGCUUGGACGGUGGAGAUGUUUUAGAGAAGAUGAACGUGAGCUGUUGAGCUCUGACGUGGAGGGUGUUACCAAGGCGGAGUCUUCCCAUCAGCAUGUGAUGGCAGGACCCGCUACCUUAGAUCCUCGACGGGCUGAGGCUGCCAGUAAACAUGUGAGGGCACUCAAUACCCAGUUUGCGAGCUGGGUUCAAUUGCAGCUGCAAAAUCAUCCCACUGAACUUUGGGAGGACGGCCUUAAGGAUUACAUAUCACACGCAUCUGAAAUCAUGGAAAAAUUCAAGGAUGUUGUCAACUGGCUUAGGCAAAAUCAAGCAGGUUCAACAGUUGUUUCAUCCCCAAGCUCACUCAAGGAUGAGAAGUCCAAUCUGCCAGCAGCAGACGAUAGCAAGCUCUUGGUACAGCCUAGUUCAGAUAGCAAACAAAAGGCUCCAAUUAUAGCUUCUAGUUCUUCAUCUUUUCAGAACUCAAGCUUACCAAACCUUUUUUCAUCACCUUCUCAGCAAAAAACACCGGAUUUCAGUGGUAUGUUUGCUGACAAGAAGAACACAUCCGGUGAUAGCAGUAAACAACCUUUCCAAUUUGGUGGAAAUAAUGUCAUAUUUGGUGAUAAGAAGGAUACAGCUGUUGACAGCAGUAAACCUUUCCAGUUUGGUGCAAAUAAUGGCAUAUUUGGUGACAAGAAGGAUACGCCUAGUGAAAGCAAACCCUUCCAGUUUGGUGCAAACAAUGGCAUAUUUGGUGACAAGAAGACUACAACUGGUGACAACAGUAACUCUUUCCAGUUUGGUGCAAAUAAUGGUUUUCCAACAUCCAAUGCACCAUCUAUUUUUUCUUCAGUUCCCCAAAGUUUUAGCCCACAGAGUCCACCUCUGUUUUCAAUGAAUCAACAAUCAGUCCUCUCAGGAAACCAAAAUACUGCUGAAGUUUCAGCUGACGCAGAUGAAGAUGCUGAACCUGAGAAGCCAAGCAGCCCUUCUGUAAAGAAGGCAGAAGAGAAAGGGGUAGUUGUUGUUCAUGAAACCAAAUGCAAGGUGUAUGUGAAGCAUGAUGAUGCCACUAAGGGUUGGAAAGACUUUGGUGUUGGUCAGCUCUCUAUCAGAAGUAAAGAAGGCACAGAGAAAGCUUCCAAAGAAUCUUCUCCUACCAUUGUUAUAAGAAACGAUGUUGGUAAAAUCCUCCUGAAUGCUCUGAUCUACAAGGGGAUAAAAAUGAAUCUUCAGAAGAAUACAGUUGCUUCAAUAUUUCAUACUUCAGAUUCUCAGUCAAGUGAAUCAGCUGGUGGCACAGUUGUAGCUCGAACAUACCUGUUCCGGUUGAAAAAUGAGGAGGCGGCUACAAAAUUAUCGACAGCAAUCAAGGAGAAUGCGCCCUCAGACUGA